AUGUCUUCCGCCGAGACGGAGAUGGAGCCUCUCACGUCGGGGGCGAGCAACCGCAUAAUUCCGCUCCUCAAGGCUCUCAGGGCCUCCCUCAUCUUCGUCUACACCUUCUUCCUCUCCUUCCUCUUCUUCAUCCUCCCCCGUCGUCGCCGCCUCUCCACCGCAGCGGGGCCUCCCUCACCCAAGAAGCAUUUGAGGCGGCGCUGGCUCGUGCGCGAGGAGGAGGACACGUGCCGGCGAAGAGCCUUGGCGCAGGACUACUUAGGAAUCGGUCGUGAAGAAGGAUGGUACCGGUGGAACACUUCCAUCUUCUAUGGGAUUAGAAACAACGCUUUGUUUUGCCGCUCCUGGUUCCCGGUUGCCGGUGAUGCCAAGGGCAUUCUGAUCAUCAUUCAUGGGCUUAAUGAACACAGUGGAAGAUAUGCGGAAUUUGCAAGGAAAUUAACAUCAUUCAACUUUGCUGUCUAUGCAAUGGACUGGAUAGGUCAUGGAGGUAGUGAUGGAUUGCAUGGUUAUGUUCCUUCUCUUGAUCAUGUGGUUGCAGAUACAGGGGCUUUCCUGGAAAAGAUCAGAUCAGAGAAUCCUGGAAUACCAUGCUUUCUGUUUGGUCACUCCACUGGGGGAGCUGUGGUGUUGAAAGCGGCUUCCAAUCCUCAUAUUGAAGUAAUGGUGGAAGGAAUUAUAUUAACCUCGCCAGCUUUACGUGUGAAGCCAGCACAUCCAAUUGUUGGGGCUGUAGCUCCAAUUUUUUCUCUGGUGGCUCCAAGGCUCCAAUUCAAAGGAGCAAACAAAAGGGGCAUUCCAGUUUCGAGGGAUCCAGCAGCGUUGUUGGCCAAGUACUCUGAUCCUUUGGUGUACACAGGACCUAUUAGGGUCCGAACUGGGCAUGAAAUACUGCGGAUAUCCUCGUAUCUAAUGCGAAACUUCAACUCUGUGACUGUACCAUUCUUUGUCCUGCACGGAACUGCUGAUAAGGUUACUGAUCCACUGGCCUCACAAGAUCUAUAUGACAGGGCAGCUUCAAAGUUCAAAGACAUAAAGCUUUAUGAUGGUUUCUUACACGACCUUCUGUUUGAGCCUGAGCGUGAAGAGAUAGCUCAAGACAUUAUCAACUGGAUGGAAAAGAGACUAUUCACUAUUUGA